AGGCUCCGUUGAAAGAGUUUCCGCUGCUUCACACGUGAAAUGAGACCUCAGGGGCUUUGGCGGUCCGUCGGAUCGCUUCAGCGAGUGCUCUCGCGGUCUUAUCGGGAGAUUCCCCUGGGCCAAAGGGGCAUCAAGACGGUCAGUAAUCCCCCCCGGAUACCUGACUUUGCUUUUGCCUUUGAUAUCGACGGUGUUCUCCUGCGCUCCUCGAAACCAAUCCCUGGAGCGGCUGAGUCAUUGGCCCUGCUCAAGGAAGAGGGGAUCCCGUUCAUUCUUCUGACAAACGGCGGUGGAAAACACGAGACGGAGAGGGUGGCGGAGAUAAGUGAGAAACUCAAUGUACCGCUUGAUCCCUCGGUGAUCAUCCAGAGUCAUUCACCGUUUGCGGAGCUUGUCAACGGGCCUGACGAAGCGCGCGCGCUGGGGAACAAGCGUGUCCUGGUGGCUGGCGGUGACGAGGAUGGUUGCCGAAAAGUUGCAGAACAGUAUGGAUUCAAGAAUGUUGUCACUCCGGGAGACAUCUUUAUGGCCAAUCCCUCUAUCUGGCCAUUCUCGAAAGUGUUCAGCGACUACUAUAAGGCAUUUGCCCGGCCAAUUCCGAACCCUGUUGAUCCAGUCGAUCCGACAAGAGGUCUGAAGAUCGAUGCGAUCUUUGUCUUUAACGACCCUAGAGACUGGGCCCUCGAUACACAAGUGAUUCUGGAUCUACUCCUAUCGUCGCAGGGUGUUAUGGGGACAUUUUCGGACAAGAACGGCCGGGCUGACCUCCCCAAUCGUGGCUACCAACAAGAUGGGCAGCCACAUCUAUACUUCUCCAACCCCGAUCUGCUCUGGGCAGCUGCCUACCAUCUACCCCGGCUCGGUCAGGGUGGCUUCCGCGAAGCAUUGGAAGGGACAUGGGCUGCAGUGACUGGCGGACCCAGCAAGGGGGUCGAGCUGAAGAAGACCAUCAUUGGAAAGCCAUACCAAGGCACAUAUGAGUUUGCCGAACGCCAACUGCUUCGAAACCGAUCUACUUUCUUCGGCACACGCGAGCUGGGCCCGUUACAGAGGGUGUACAUGGUUGGAGACAACCCCGAGUCCGACAUCCGAGGCGCCAAUUCCUACCGCAGCGCCCAUGGUAGUGACUGGCAAUCUAUUCUUGUACGAACAGGCGUCUAUAACGGGGGGGAGCCUGCGUGGGUACCCAAGACCAUCGCCGAUGAUGUACAAAAGGCUGUCGAAUGGGGAUUAAGAUCCUCUAAUUGGCCCAUCUCCAGAAUCUAACAAUGAAACGAUACCAGGCCUACAUACUACAACACUGCCAGGUACAGGAAGUGGCAUAUACCUAUCUUGAUAAUUCCAUUAAUCGAACGUACAUACUAUAUCUCAAUGUGC